AUGCAACUGCUAUCGAGGAAAACUCCUUGCAAAUCUGGUAUUCCGAAACAGUUCUUUAUCCAUGGUCUUUGGCCAUGCGACACGAGAGCAACAACCUUGACAUGUCCAUGUGCGCCUAUUCUCGACGAUCAGAACGUAAAAAAUGUGUUGAAAAAUGACAACAACUUAGAGACGGUUCUCCACAAUGUUUGGCCUAAUUUGAUAGCUGGCAGACAGGAUAAAACUUUCUGGAAAUACCAAUGGAGAACCCACGGGUUAUGUUCCAGCCCAACAAUGCAAGUUACAGAUUAUUUUAAAGCAGCGGCAACGGUACACGCAACGAUGAUUGUGAAAACCCCGAAGCAAAAUCUAAUUGACUACUUUGUCGCUACUGGAAUUAACCCUGAUGGACCUUUUACUCAUUGCAUGCCAUAA